AUGCCCAUCGGGAACAUUGACCGCGUGCUGAUCGAGCUGCGGCCGCGACUCCAAAGUGCCAACUUUUUCAUCUGCUUCAGCCGUCGCUUCGUGGAGAUCAAAUCGACGAAGAUCGACCUCGCGCCGGAUCGCAUCACGAUCAGCACGGAAAAUAACGACGAACAGUACGAGAUCCGGCUGGGCGACUUCUUCAAGCUGCACACCCAGACGCUGAGCUCGCUGCUCAUCAAGAACAACUACAUCUGCUUCCGGAUCAACACGAACGAGAACAAAUUUCACUCGGAAGUGCUGGAGAUCAACGAGUACAACGCGUGCACGGACCUCAAGCUGGAAUGCCGGCUGGAGAAGGGCGUCAACUAUACGGUAACGUGCAGCAACUGCGGAAACGAUCUGCACGAGCAACCGGUGGCCUUCAAGCGCAUCCUGGAGCUUCCCUCGGACCACAUGGACAGUAACGAGUGGUACUGCCAUCGGCACGACACCCCAGAAACUCACAGCGAAGGAGAAUGCUCUUCCAAGUCAUCGUCAACUGCUUCACCCCAUCCGAACAGUUUCACCCCGGCCGAAACGGACCUCUUCUACGGCCCGUUCUACGCCGUCCUAAACCGCCAGCAUCUUCAGCGAGUUCACCUCCGCGCGGAUCGCUUCCUGUACUGCAAGUGCUGCCUCCAGUUCCUCGGCGUAGCAAAGCGCAACGGCAGCGUCAAACUGUGGUACGAAAAUCUGAAAUUUCUCAAACCAGACGAGCACGAACAGGAACACGUCAACCCGGCGUCCCUCUUCCGAACCGACGACGCCCUCCUCAACUUCCAGUAUCUCGUGCGCAAAACCGUCAACGACUACAACUUCAUCUCCCAUCUCGGCCUUCCGCCAAUCUUCAAAAUCAUCUUCGAAAUGCGCCGCCCCGGCCAGGACGGCGAGCUGUUCUACCUGCUGAUGCAGAUCAUGGACGCCAACUUGAACGUGUUCAAGAUCCGCAAGGGCGUGGACGGGGAAGAUUCCUCGUCUGCGUCGGACGACCCGUCCAAAGAGGCGCCAACCGACGAAGACGACGACGACGUCUUCACGCCAUCUCCAAAGCGUCCGAUCAAGCGGAACAUUCACGUGGAUCGGCACCGCACCAUGAAGGUGAUGUACCGGUACGAUCAGUUUGACCAGCAGCCCAUCUUUAACUUUUGGCUGCAGGACAGCAACGUGGUGAGUGUGGAGAUUUCCGAGCAAAUGUUUCGCGCCGCGGUGCGCUACCUGGACGACAACUCGGACUACGUGCCCGAGUGCUACCGGAACAAUCUUGGCUUUAGCUUGAGCUAUUUGGAUAUUACGUAAGAAAUGCUAGCUGAAUUUGCGCUUUGCGCCUAGUAAAUAUGUGUUUGACAGAA